AUGUCUACGCCGACUGACGGGUCGGUACUCGAGACCCAAAAGGAUGCUUCCAUUGAGGUAUCCGUCCCAAAGGGCCUUGAUUCAGAAGGUCUCGACGCCAUUCGGGUCCUUCUUCAGAGUCAAGGUUUAGGCGGCAAUGAUACGCCAAAACAAAUUGGCGUUUCCUUCAAGAAUCUCUCGGUCACAGCUCCUUCGGGCACCCAGAUCCAGGUCAAGACUCUGCCUCAAGCCAUCCUCAACACCUUUGGGCCCGACCAAGUUCGCUUUAUCAGAGAACAGGUCUUGUCACGCAUCAGCCCACGAAACCCUAUCGCCGAGGGGAGGACGAUCCUUGAUGGAUUCUCGGGCGUUGUCAAACCGGGGGAAAUGCUUCUCGUCCUGGGACGCCCGGGUAGUGGAUGCUCCACGUUCCUCCGCACUAUCGCCAGUCGAUCCAGUCUGGCCACUACCGGUGACCUCGAGUACGCCAACGUAUCUUCGUCUGUCUUCAAGCGUGACCAUGCGAGGGAGACCAUCUAUCUACCUGAAGAGGAUAGGCACAUUGCUUCCUUGACCGUCAGACAGACGAUUCAGUUUGCUCUGCGUAACUCUCUCCCUACAGACGCUCGCAACACGAAGCUUGUGGCAAGCUUAGUUGAUGCUAUAGCCAAGAUCUGCGGCCUCUCACAUGCUCUCGACACUCCUGUUGGUGGUGCAUUCUCACCGGGAGUCUCAGGCGGAGAGAGGAAACGUGUUUCCAUCGCCGAGGUCCUUGCAGCUGGUUCCUCGGUCCAAUGCUUCGAUAAUUCGACCCGCGGCCUCGAUUCCUCCACGGCCUUAGACUUUGUCAAAGCUUUAAGAGCCUUCACCGACAUCGGCCACAAGACAACUCUCGCAACACUCUACCAAGCCGGCGAAGAGAUAUACCGAAACUUCGACAAGGUUGUCGUUCUCUCUGAAGGACAAGAGGCAUUUUUUGGAAGCACGUCCGAGGCCUGGAGCUACUUCAAUAACCUUGGAUUUAUUCCCAUUCCUGGUCAGACUACGGCAGAGUUUCUCGCUACUGUGACAGACCCUGACGAGAGAAGGGCUAUUCCUGGGUCAGAAGCCGAUAGCAUCAAAUCUUCCACUGAUCUUGCCGCAGCCUUCAAAAGGUCCAGCAACUAUGCAAACCUUGUCAGUGAGAUCGACGAAUAUCGAGAGAAGCAGGGUCAGGCAGACGCUCUGCUUCCAUCCUAUUCGUAUCGCUUGUCGCUGCCUUCUCAGGUGAUGGAAAGCUUGAAGCGGGAGUAUCAGCUCGUCAAGGGACAGAGACGGGUCUACUAUAUCAAGUGGAUCACAACCAUCAUUCUCUGCCUUGUCUGCGGUAGCGUGUACUUUGACAUCGAGAACAAUGCCCAGGGUGCUUUUACCCGUGGUGGAAUCUUGUACUUUGCAUUGAUCUUAAAUGGAUGGUUGCAGUUCCCUGAACUUUUCGAUGCCUACACAAACAGGCCUGUACUAGAAAGACAAGCCAACCUCCACCUCACCCGUCCUGCUGCAGUCGCACUGGCCCGUUUCCUUAUUGACCUACCGCUCAUCGCCUUCCAGCAUGUCCUUUUCACUCUCGUCUUUUACUUUCUUUCACGGCUUCAGGUUGAGGCUGGCAAGUUCUUCUUCUUUUACCUCACGCUCUUCAUAUCGACAGUAUGCUUCAGCAACCUCCUCCGCAUGUUUGCCUACUUUGUUGGAACGUUGGAUGACUGCUUCCGCUAUGGAGGAUUCUCUUGCACAGUCCUUCUUCUAUUUGCGGGCUUUCUGAUCCCUCCCAAUGAUAUGAGUCCAGCCUUCGGAUGGCUGCACCACAUCAAUCCCAUGUUCUACGGCUUUGAGAAUCUCUUUAGUAGCGAGUUCAGCAACUUGAACCUCUCAUGCCAUGAUAACCUCAUCCCAGCACAGGGUGUUGCAGGGCAUCAGACCUGCGCCGUGAGAGGUGCUUUACCUGGCCAGACUAGCGUGCCGGGACUACAGUACGCCGAGUCUUUCGGCUUCUCCUACUCCCACAGAUGGCGAAACAUCGGUAUCAUGAUCGCUCUCGGUCUGGCCUAUCUUGUUACUGGCAUCUUUGGAAGCGAGUUCAUGAGCUUCGCACCCAAUGGCGGGGCUCCCCUCAUCUUUGCCAAACGCCGCGAUACUUCUACUUCAAACUCUCAUGACGUUGAGAAGUCCGCUCCCUCAUCCGGCCACGUCAGUGUCUUUACAACUCGGAUUGGACAAGUUGCCCUCAAAUGGAGCCAGCUCAGCGUCGACAUUGGCGAUAGCCAUAUUCUCAAGAAAAUCUCGGGAUACGUCAGGCGGGGAGAGCUUACUGCUCUCUGCGGUGCUAGUGGAGCAGGCAAGACGACACUUCUCACGGCUCUGAGUCAGACCAACUUUGCGGGCAGCAUCGUCGGUGGAGAGGUUCUGGUCGACGAUCAACCUCCUGGCUCGAGCUACAGGAAGACAGUUGGAUUUGCCCAACAGAUGGAUCUACACGACGGUACAGCAACUGUUCGGGAGGCUCUAGAGUUCUCUGCCCUUCUCCGACAACCGAAGCAUUACUCCAAGGCCGAGAAGCUGGCUUAUGUGAGCAAAGUCUUGGACUUGCUUGAUCUGAAUGAUGUCCAGGACGCUCUGAUUGGAGAAGAUGGCGGUGGUCUUGGUGUCGAGCGACUCAAGAGAGUAACGAUUGGUGUUGAACUUGCUGCGCGGCCCGAGAUCCUGUUCGCCGAUGAGCCAACCUCCGGCCUGGAUUCUCAAGGUGCAUCUCGCAUUGUCCACUACCUCAAGACACUCGCUCGUCAAGGUCAGGCAAUAGUUGUCACCAUUCAUCAACCCUCGGCGUUGGUGUUCUCCCAAUUUGACAAUUUGCUGGCCCUGUCUUCAGAAGGCAACCAACUCUACUUUGGCAAGGUCACCGAAGCCCUCCCGUACUUUGCUCGUAAUGGUGCAACAUGUCCUGAGGGCGCCAACCCCGGCGAGUUCAUCCUCGAGACUGUUGGCGCAGGUGUCAACGCUCGCACCUCUGACAAGGGAGCUAACUGGGCUUCGACAUGGGCUGCCUCCCCAGAGGCCACUGCACUUGGGCGGGAGAUCACUAUCAGUAGUGAUACUCCGAAGGGUCUCUCCCCGGCAGUCGACGAGGAAAAUACGUCUGAGCACAAUGCCUCCGUGGUACUUCAGACAUUGCUUCUCACAAAGCGGAUGCUGCUUAACCAGUGGCGCAGUCCCCCGUAUAUCUACUCCAAGAUCUGGGUCCAUGUCAUCAGUGCUAUCCUCGUCGGGUUCACCUUCUUCCAGAUCGGCACAAGCCCGCAGGAUCUACAGAAUCGCAUGUUCAGUGUCUUCUUCAUCCUCUUCCUUUGCAACGCCAUUGUCAACGUGAUUUUGGCACGUUACUUCUUUGCGAGUCUGUACUGGCAGUUUCGCGAAGGACCGUCUCAUGCGUAUGGCUGGAUCGCUUUCGUGUCUUCAACCAUACUCUCAGAGAUACCCGGCGCUAUCUUGGUCACCGUUCUGUACUUUGUCAUCUGGUACUUCCCAGCCGGUUUGCCUUUAGACCAAGCCGGUUAUAUCUUUCUGUUCCUUCUCACAUAUGAGAUCUUCCAAGUCCUCCUUGGUCUCUUCAUGAUGGCCCUUAGCCCAGAUCUGGGAGCAGCAGGAAACGUUCUUGUUUUUAUCGUCUGCACUUGUAAUUGGUUCAACGGCAUCAUUGUUCCUUACAGCCAAAUCCAGGUCUUCUGGAGAUACUGGCUCUACUACCUGUCCCCAUUUACUUACCUUCUUGGUGGAAUGGUGACGGCCGUGACCUCAUCUGCCGAGGUGUCAUGCUCACCAGCAGACCUCACGGUGUUUACUGCCCCUACUAAUCAGACCUGUUCUUCCUAUGUAUCGGAAUGGGCUCUAUCCGCCUCCGCUCAGCUGCUCAACCCCGAAGCCUCUGGUGACGACUAUUGUAAGGUAUGUCGUUGGACUACUGGGACUCAGUUCUUGGACCAAUUCAACCUUGGAGAUGGCCAACUCGGCGGACAAUGGGGCAGUUGGGGAAUCUUUGUCGUGUUCACGUUCAGCAAUCUUGCCUUGGUGUACUUCUUCACUUGGGCCACCAAAGUGAAGGGGUGGAAGCUGUUCUACUUCUUUUAG